CAGACACACACACAGACACACACACAGACAUACACACAGACACACACACAAACCAAGACAUACACACAGACAUACACGCAGACACACACACAGACAUACACACAGACACACACACAGACACACACACAAACCAAGACAUACACACAGACAUACACACAGACACACACACAGACAUACACACAGACACACACACAGACACACACACAGACACACACACAAACCAAGACAUACACACAGACAUACACACAGACACACACACAGACAUACACACAGACACACACACAAACCAAGACAUACACACAGACAUACACACAGACACACACACAGACACACACACAGACACUUUUAUCUGUGACUAAAUAAAACGUUUUUUUUUAAAUUACUGAAAACUUUCUGAAUACAAAGACUUUUAUUUUGAAACUAAAGUUAGACCCCCCCCCCCUCUCCUCCCCCUUCAUCCCUUCAUUCAUCUCUCUCUCUCCUUCACUCACUCACUUGGUUCCCGCUGUAUCUGCUGCUGCAUCAUCAUGAGUCCCGGGUCCCGGAGCCGGUUCUGGUUCUGCUGGUUUCUGCUGAGCCUGAGUCUGAACCUGAACCUGAACCUGAACCUGAGCUCAGCUCUGGAUCUUCAGGACCUGUUCGAGUUCGGCAUAGAAGCCGGAGACAAGGAGCUUCAUCCCGGGGAGGAUUCAACCGCCGAGCUGCGUCUCAACGGAUCGCUGUUCUUCUUCAGCGACCAGCACCAGCGGGUCUACAUUAACACUAAUGGAUUUGUGUCGGUGGUCAAACCUGCGGCAGAGACCGAGUACCUGGGGAAGAUGCCGGCCAAGUUCCAAAUGAUGGCAGCGUUGCUGGGAGACCUGGACCACAGCGAUGGACAGGGGAGCGUCUUCUACAGGCUGGACAGCAGCGAGGACGCUCUGAGCCGAGCCAGCGGACACAUCGCUCAAGCUUUCCCCAGAGACAACAAAGCAAAGCCGCACAGUGUCCUCGUGGUCACAUGGGUCAACAUGACCGCUCAGGGUUCACCUGGACCAGACGCUAAGAAAAACACCUUCCAGCUGGUCGUGGUCCUCAUGGAGUCGUCCUCCUGCGCCAUUCUCCUGUAUCCCACAGACGGCCUGCAGUUCCUCUACACAUCCAUUGGGGGUGAUAGGAAGCUCCUAGAAGCUGGAUUCAAUCAAGGUCUAGUGAACAGCUGGUUUAAUCCCAAGGGGACAUACUUCCAGACCACCACCGACAAAGAGGCCUCCGUCAGGGAACUUACCAAGAAGACAAACUCUGGUCGAAAAGGAGUCUGGGUGUAUGAGAUUGGUCCCUCAGGGUAUUUAACCACCAUUAUACCAGGAAUUGUUCUGGAGGAGGAGAAGGGUACUACUGAAUCUCCUAUGACAAUGUUGCCAAGGCAACCUGAAGAGACUGACUUCACAACUUACCAAAUGCCAGAAGAAACUGAGACUCCCAAUAAGGACCAAACUGAUAACCCAGAAGACGAGACCAUCUCAUCUGGGAAUGGCAGACCAGAGACAGAGGAUGAACUGGACCAGUUUGUGACAGAAUUCCCAGGAUUCAAGACUGUCAAACCAACAUACAGCAACACAGAAACGGUUCGCCCAAGUUACUCAGACCAAACUGAGUUGACAGACCCUUAUGCAACUGAGACUAAAGUCCCCACAUUUGAGGCGCCGUACACCAGCCCUGAUCCCAGUAAACAAGAAUAUCCCCGAGUCCAGACAGGGUACCCUGAUCCUGUUCUGACCCAACCACAAUACACCAGUCCUGAACCCACUGAACCUGAAUACUCCACAGUCAAGCUGGGGUACCCUGAUCCUGAUACGGUCCAACCACAAUACACCAGUCCUGAACCCAGUGAACCUGAAUACUCCACAGUCAAGCCAUGGUACCCUGACUCGGAUCCUGUCCAACCACGACACAUCAACCCUGAACCAGCCCGACCAGUGCCACCUCAUUCCCAUCCCUAUCACCCCCAGAUCAUCGUGGUGGAUGAAGAUGAAGAUCUGGACGUAAACGUAUUUGCGUACAAUUCGGAGACGUGUGUCCACAACAGGCACAAGUGCUCCGCCUUCGCAGACUGUCAGGAUUACAGCUACGGAUACUGCUGCCACUGUCGGCCCGGUUACUAUGGUAACGGGAAGGACUGUGUUCCAGACGGCAAACCUCAGAGGAUGAACGGGAAGGUGAACGGUCGCAUGUUUGUAGGCGGGACUCCGGUGGAGCUCAGCAACAACGACCUUCACUCGUAUGUGGUGAUCAACGACGGACGCGCCUACGUGGCCAUCAGUAACAUCCCCAAGAGUGUGGGACCAUCGCUGCAACCUCUGUCCUCACUGGGCGGAGUCAUCGGCUGGGCCUUCGCCCUGGAGCAGCCUGAGUCAGAGAACGGCUUCAGUCUCAUUGGUGCCGUGUUUUCGCGACAGGCUGAUGUUAUCUUUCAGCCCGGGAACGAACGUCUGAGUAUCAGGCAGAAGUUUGAAGGAAUCGACGAACACGACCACCUGGUGGUGAGCACGGAGCUGGAUGGAAGCCUACCCGCCCUACCGCUGGGGUCGUCAGUCCAGAUCGACCCGUACAAAGAGAUCUACCACUACGACCGGAACUUGAUCACCUCCUCCUCCAACCGCGACUACUCCGUCACUUUCCCCGACGGCACCGUCGAGGCCAGAACCUACCAGUGGCGCCAGACCAUCACCUUCCAGACCUGCCCACACAAUGAGGCCACCAGGGCGGCGCUGUCCACCCAGCAGCUCAGCGUGGACCAGAUCUUUGCGUGGUUCGACGAGCAGAACGAGCUGAUCCGCUACGCCAUGACUAAUAAGAUCGGCCAAAUCCACAGUGGCGCUCCGGAGCAGAAUCCGUGUUUCACAGGUCGUCACGGCUGCGACAUAAACGCCGCAUGCAGGUCAGGUGACGGACUGGACUUCACCUGUGUGUGUAUGAGCGGCUUCACUGGAGACGGACGCUAUUGUCAUGAGGAAGUUCGUGCGGUCGAUCACUGUCAGACAGGAAGUCACGACUGCGACGUUCCUGAGAGAGCGGCCUGCACCUACAGUGGAGGCUCCGCCUACUCCUGCUCCUGUCUGCCGGGCUUUGAGGGCGACGGACGGGUUUGUCGAGACAAAGACGAGUGUCGUCACGGUCCAUGUCACCGCGACGCCUUCUGCUCCAACACGCCGGGCUCCUACGUCUGCCGCUGCCACCCUGGUUUCCAUGGCGACGGACUCCAGUGCAGCCCCAUGUCCACAGAGCGAGAGAAGACGCUGUGUGAGCGUCAGAGAGACUCCGCCUCUGCCUCCGCCUCAGCCUCCACCUCCCGCUUCUUUUCCUUCUUCCGUCCUCAGCCGGCCAUCUCUCAGUACAUCCCACAGUGUGACGAACACGGCUCCUUUGAGUCCACACAGUGUCACAGCAGCAUCCAGCAGUGCUGGUGUGUGGACGCUAACGGUCAGGAGAUCCCGAACACCCGGACCGGACCGGGCAGCACGCCUCUGUGUAUUGACCAGGCCGUGACUCCGCCCCCUGUGGGACCGACCCCCCGGCCUGACGUCCACCCUGUCGCCCCAGGAAGUGCCCUGCUGUUUGCUCAGAGCGGGAAAAUCGAACACGUUCCUUUGGACGGAUACGACAUGAAGAAGGACGAGGCCAAAGCUCUGCUGCACAUUCCUGACCGUGUGGUCAUCGCUGUGGCCUACGACUGUGUGGAGAAGAUGGUUUACUGGACGGACAUCACCGGGCCGUCCAUCAGUAAAGCCAGUCUGAGCGGAGGAGACGUCCUUCCUGUCAUCACUAAAGAGCUGCAGAGUCCAGAAGGCCUCGCCCUGGACCCAGUGUCCCGCCUCCUCUUCUGGACAGACUCCAUGCGGGACACGGUGGAGGUGUCCAGGCUGGACGGCAGCCACCGCCGCGUCCUGUUCCACAGCGACCUGGUCAACCCUCGACCCAUCGUCGCUGACCCGGCAUACGGGCGGAUCUACUGGGCGGACUGGGACAGGGACGGACCCAAAAUCGAGAUGUCCAACAUGGACGGGACAGAGCGGACGAUCCUGGUGAAGGACAACCUGGGCCUUCCCAACGGCCUGACCUUUGACCUCGACACCCAACAGCUGUGCUGGGCCGACGCAGGAACUCGUGUGGUUGAGUGUUUUGAUCUCCACCAGCGGCAGAGGAGGCGGAUCCUCGACGGGAUCCAGUACCCGUUUGGUCUCGUUUCCUUUGGAAGGAAACUUUACUACACUGACUGGAGGAGGGAGGCCGUGGUCGCCGUAGACCGUAGCUCAGAGACGGAGACAGAAGAGUUCCUGCCACAGAAACGCUCCCGUCUGUACGGAAUCGCCACGGCAACCACACACUGUCCACAAGUUUAUAAUUACUGCGCAGACGCCGGCUGUUCUCACCUGUGUCUGCCCAGACACGGUGGCUUCACCUGCCGCUGCCCCGACGCCGUCGCCGCCAACGACCGAUGCGAAGAGAGAAACCCGUGAGACCACAAGAAAAAUUGAAAAAAAACACGUAACUGAAUCUGCGUUUUUGUUACUUUUCUUACUCGAACUGAACGUUUUUACAAUGAACGCUGGUCAGACCUCACACUGUUUAUGACGUCAUGGUGAUGUCGUCUUGGCGUCAUUGUGAUGUCUUUGUGACUUCGUCGUGAUGUCACAUAUCAGGUCACGUGUUCAGUGCGUGUACGUAAUCUUUAAAUUUUUUGAUUUAGAUAUUUUUGUAUUGUCAGUUAUGUUUUUAUAACGUUAAAAACGUUUGUCUAUCAAUAUCACUGAAGUUACCUCCCAAAAUCUUCCCAAUUUUUUUUUUUUUACAAUUUUUUGCAAUUCUUACAAACUUUCUUCAAUAAUUAAAUUUUUUGUUUUAACAUAUAUUUUUGUUCACAUUUUUACAAAACUUACAAAAAAUUACAAAUUUUGUUACAAAAACACUGAACAUAAAAAAACGACCUCCAGUAGGCGGAGCUUUGACCAGAGGGCUGAUGGGAGGGAAUACUAGCAUUUCCACAGUGACUGACGCGAGCUUGAAGGCUUGUUCAUAAAGUAGAAAAGGUCGGAGCGUAAUCUUUCAAAUUUUUGUAACGUUAAAAACUUUUGUCAUGAAAGUUAUAAAAAAAGUCACUGAUCCAUGUUAAGUUUAGCUUAAACAUUAUCUCUAUAAACAAAAAGAGGCGGAGCCUUCUUCCGUACUCGAUGUUAACGUGAUGAUUUUAAUUUUUUUUUACAAAAUGUUGAUGUUACAAAAACACAAUGAACGAAAAAACAAAAAAAACAUGAAUUUUACCAAAAAGAACUUGAGAUUUGGGGGCGGAGCUUUAACAGGAAGUGGAUACAGUGGGCUGUAUUUUUACCUGCGUCACGUCAGCUGACCUGCGGUGCUUUAAACAUGUGAUGUCACAGGUCACGUGUGUGAUCUGAUUGGCUGAGACACUUUUGUAUCCAAAUACAUAUAAAAUCAAACACUAAUGAAGUUUUUCACUUAAAUUAUUCUAUAUUUUAAUUUUACACAAGUUUUCUUUUUUCCUUUCACAAAACUGAUAUUUGACUAAAAAAGUGUUUUUUUUAUUGUUUUGUUUGUAUUUUUUAUAUGAACUUGUAAAUAAUUACCUGAUAUUCUCUGAUUUUAUUUUUUUUAUGGUGCUGAUGUUCACCUCACAUUAACUAAUGAUGUUGAUGGUCUGGUUUCAGGAUUAAUUUGUUAAUUAAAUACCAAAGAAAAAACAGUUUGGACACAAAACACGUUAUUAAAGGUCUGUAACUGUAAGAAAUACAGAAGUUAAUUUCUUUUUCAAUUUCCAAUAAUUUUCCAAAUUUUUUCCUGACAAUUAUCUGGAUGUUUAUUAUAUUAAACAGAUUUUAGUCACUUAAUAAAAAGCACUCUACAUCAGUUUAAGUCUCUGAUAUCUUCGUCACAUCUCACUGUUAAACUGAAGUUUGUAAAUCACUCACUCUCACACACCAAACCUCAUAGAGAAAAUCAGUGAUUUUAACAUCACACACAGGAGUUGUUGAUCCACUGCUGCCUCCGUCACUAAGUUCAAAUGUCUUAUUUUGUCACUUAAGUGUUUGAAAUCCUUUGUUCAGAUUGACCUCAGAAACACAAAGUGACCACACGAGGCAGUAGAGGACCAGCAACUCCUGUGUCCACGCCAGCUAAAAUCACUGGUUUAUAAACGUCAGUUUCCUGUUGGAAAAGUCUGUCUAACAGUGAGAUAAAGACGUGAUCAUGUGACGUAGAUAUCGUAGAAACUUAAACUGAUGUAGAUUUUAUUACAGGAGUUUUUCAUUAAAUGGCUAAAAUCAGUUUUUUAUCCUUGUGUCUCUGCUGGCAGCCAGGGGGCGCUCUCAGCUUCGUCAGCACUGUGUCAGUAUCUAAUAUGACCACUUAAAAAGUCACUUGUUUUUAAAGCAUUUACCUUGUUGUGGUCUCUGAAAGUGCUGAGUCAUGCAUGGGGGGGGGGGGGUGGCGGCCAUCUUAGCUCGCAUCACAAACCUUUAACCAUUUCAUUGUUUUAAAAACAGAAGAUUUAAACUUAGCUCAGGUUUGUUUUUUCAUGAAAAUCUUUCAGGGAGGAAAAUCAUUUUUAAAUCACUUGUGAAGAAAUAAAUAUUCACCCAUUCACCUGCGCCUCCUGUCCUGUGGGGGCAGUAGUGAGUUAUGUUGUGCAGUUCUGGACAUGUUUACUUACCCUCGUUAACCACCUGUACAGCCUCAAUAAAACAUUUUAACAAA